GGCCUGUUUGUAACUGGGCCGGUGCGAGAUAGUCGUCACUCCCGGAGUCCGGAGUUCGCUCUCCCGCCGCCGCCGCCGCCGCCGCCUCGCCUGCGUCGAUCUCCACCCCGCGAGCGGAGCAGCGGUGCCCGGCGUCGUCUGCUGCUUCCGCCGCAUCCUCCCUCGCUCGCUGGGCAAGGAUCUUUUAUUGCUUUUCUUCCCCUGGAAUUUUUUUAGCUAGCAAGGAACACGGUUGAAAGUAGGAUGAGUCUCUCUACCAUAGCAAGACGACUAUGUUGUUCAAGACCAACAUCUGGGGGUCGUCUUUCAGCGGUUUGGGCUCAUUUGUACAGCACAGAGGCUGCCAAAGACACAGGUGCUAAGAAGUAUAAAUACCCUGAAGUCUAUGAUCCAUACGGGCCUAUGUCACCUCCAUCGCAGAAAGUUGUGGAUCUUGCUGAUCGCAUUGCUGCCCUCCCUCCUGAGGAGAUCAAACAGAUUGCUCCGGCUCUCCUUCUCAGACUGAACCAACCCCCACCACAGGCAAUUUCUGGACAGGGUUUCAGUUUCAGUCCUCAAGGUGGUGGCGGUGCUGCUGGUGCUGCAAAGGCAGAGGAGAAGAAAGCAGAGAAAACAGUCUUUGACGUCAAGCUGGAGAAAUUUGACGCUGCUGCUAAAAUUAAGAUCAUCAAGGAGAUUAGAACAUUCACAGAUUUGGGGCUGAAGGAGGCGAAGGAGCUAGUGGAGAAGGCCCCUGUCAUUCUGAAGCAGUCACUCACGAAGGAGGAAGCUGAGGCAAUCAUAGAGAAGAUUAAGGUAGCUGGCGGUGUCGCUGUGAUGGAGUGAAGGAUUAACUCCUUUGGCACUACUACCCUUUUGUUUUCUUCAAUUUUUGUUAGCAUGGUCAGGCAUUAGAGGUCGCAGUAUCUCUACACUUUUGUAGGAAAUGUUCAGCUGUGACAGGUAAACAUGGGCCAUGAUUUGGUCUGAAUAAACUUUCUUCGACCACUACAACUUUCCUGAUGUAUUAUUGUGACAUUGGGACCGAGUGAAUGGAAUGUAGACAGAAUUGCCUAUGCUGAUACCUGUAACUUGUUCUGCAUCUGUUAUUGUAACUUACAAGCAUGCAGUUUUGGUUGAAGUGCAAUGGGCAUAGAGUACUUGAAACCUUGUCUGCAAGACUGCAACUCUUCAUAAUGUAUUUCACUAUCUGGUCUGAAUUAUACAUCA